GGGAAGAAAGGGCGGCUCUGGGCGGGGCGCGGGCGCGGGGCGGCGGGAACCCGGCGCGGACACCCGGCCGCGACACCAGACGCGGGCGGAGCGCUUGCAGCCCUGCCGCGGCCGAGCAGCAGCGACAGCCCCCGGAGCCCGGGCCGCGCGGGACCAGGCUGCCCGGCCAUGACCACGGCGUGGUACCGGCCCACGUGGGACCUGGCCCUGGACCCGCUGGUGUCCUGCAAGCUGUGCCUCGGCGAGUACCCGCUGGAGCAGAUGACGACCCUGGCCCAGUGCCGCUGCACCUUCUGCACUCUGUGCCUGAAACAGUACGUGGAGCUCUUGAUCAAGGAAGGCCUGGAGACCGCCAUCAGCUGCCCGGACGCAGCCUGCCCCAAGCAGGGCCGCCUGCAGGAGAGCGAGAUCGAGUGCAUGGUUGCAGCUGAAAUUAUGCAGAGAUACAAGAAGCUCCAGUUUGAAAGAGAGGUGCUCCUGGACCCCUGUCGGACCUGGUGCCCCACGUCCACCUGCCAAGCCGUGUGUCAGCUGCAGGAGAGGGGACUGCAGACGCCCCAGCUGGUGCAGUGCAAAGCCUGCAACACGGAGUUCUGCUCCGCCUGCAAGGCCAGCUGGCACCCCGGCCAGGGCUGCCCCGAGGCCGUGCCGGUCACCUUCCUCCCCGGGGAGACCAGCUCGGCGGCCUUCAGGCCCGAGGAGGAGGACGACGCGCCCAUCAAGCGCUGCCCCAAGUGCAAGGUCUACAUAGAGCGGGACGAGGGCUGCGCCCAGAUGAUGUGCAAGAGCUGCAAGCACGCCUUCUGCUGGUACUGCCUCGAGUCCCUGGACGACGACUUCCUGCUCAUCCACUACGACAAGGGGCCCUGCCGGGACAAGCUGGGCCACUCCAGGGCUUCCGUCAUCUGGCACCGGACACAGGUCGUGGGCAUCUUUGCCGGAUUCGGGCUCCUGCUCUUGGUGGCCUCGCCGUUCCUGCUCCUGGCCACCCCGUUCGUGCUCUGCUGCAAGUGCAAGUGCAGCAAAGGCGACGACGACCCCUUACCCACCUAGAGGAAGGCGAGACGCCAGCACGGGACCCCUGCCUCCGGGAAGCGUGGUGCCCCCCUCCCCCUCCCCCCUCCCCGCCCCCCCACUAAACAUCGGUCUUGCCUUAUGUGCCCCAUUGAGCUUCACAGUGUCACGCUGGACGCCGUGGUUUCAGGGACCAACGUCAGCACCUUCGCCGGGGCCCCAGUGCCGUCGCCGGGGCCGGCGGGCAGAGGGCACGUCCCGGCAGAACCUGGCUCCGCAGACUCGACCCGGGAGGUGCUGCUGCGGGAAGCACGCGGGCGGCUUUCUCCCUGUGGUGACUGACGGACUGGGAGUGUCUGGCAGGUGCACCAGAGACCUUCUCGGGCGGGCGUUGUUGUCCCGCCCUCGGCCUCCAGGUGGCGCCAUGUGGCCGAGGGAAACCUUGGAAGGAUCGCCACUCGCUUCGGACAGACUCCGGGGAUUCUGACUUGGGAAGAGCACUGUUUGGGACAACCGUUUUUAUUCCUAAUGGCAUUUAGUAGCACCCUUUUCAGAAGGCAUUCCUUCCCCAGCGGAGUAGUGGAAAAUCAACAAGGUGCGUCCACGCCACCCAAUGCCUUUCUCUCUGUGAGACGUGCAGGUUGAGAAGCUGUGCCCAGCGAGCCCCGGGGGGUAGCCCCGGGCGCCCCGGCCUCCCUCCGGGAACGCGGCCGUGCUGGGAGGACCCUCGCCGCCAUCGGCUUGCCUUUCCUUUCUUCGCUCUUGGCCGAGCCAACUCCGCUCGUCAUCAGCUUAUGUCUCCUCACCCGGCUGUCUGCAGACACCCCUCGUGUCUUCAGAAACCACGGGUCUGCUCGGACGUGGCUGUGCUGGGCGUCGCCACGGCUUGGCGCUGGCCUGUGUCUCCCCUCGUGGACAGGAGGCAGGGAGCGGGGCCCUGGGUCCUCAGGGGGGCCCUGGGGGCUGGUGGGGGCGCUUCCUGGGUUUCUGCAGAUUGUUCAUAACCUGGUUACUGUCUUGAGCUCCCGGCCCCUCCCCCAACCAUCAGGCCCCGCCCCCAGCCAUCAGGCCCCGCCCCUAACCAUCUGCCCCCGCUGAAGCCCCUUCCAUUCAUCCUGACCGGGCCAACCACUAGGUCGUCUCCGGGCCGUGGGACUGCUCCCUCCCGCGGCAGCAGCGGCGUGCACGGGUCGGCGAGACGCGUCACCCCACCGAUUAACCUUGAAAAGCGGGGAGCGCGCGUUAUCUGCAGAGAGCGGGUGUCCGUGCGGCCGCCGAAGUCCCGUGCGCUUGGACAGAGGGAGCCGGCUGCAUCGACGCGGGGCUUCCAAACACGGCGGAGGGGCGGAUGCCGCAGGUUCCCUACAGUGGAACUCACGGAAGCCUACUCGUGAGCUUUCCACCGGGGACCGACGGGAGACAAAGUCGGACUCUGCGCUCCGCCGCUCGCCCGCCCGUGGGGGGCCCUGUGCAGACGGGAGGGGCGGCGUGUGUGUCAUCUCAGGUCUGGGUCACCUCCCCGCGGAGAAGCCGCUUCUCUCUUCCUGAAGGGUCCGUGGGCGAGAAGAAACAGGAUCACCUCAUUGUUUCCUUCUGGUGUUUAUUUCUUUUAUCAAACAAGCCAUUCAGGAGUCCGGUCCGUGUCAAAGCUUCCCCGUGUAACUGUAGUUUAGAAGCUCAGUGUCUACAUGAACGGACGUGCCUGCCCCCGCCCUUGGGGGACAGAGGCCUGGGCGCGAGUCUCAGUGCCGGAGCAGGGGCGCUGGGGUCUGGUGGCCACUGGCUUUUCCGAGAGGCCAGCGGCUCCGUGAGGCCCGGAGCUGAAGCCGGUGGCCUGCGUUUGAGGCCGCGUGGGGGGAUCGGUGACCGCCUCCCUCUGGCCGCUGUGCUUUGGUGUGUGUGUGGGAGCAGCCGGCGCGUGGCCCUGUGUCCAGGGGCCCACAGUUGGGGGGCUGCACCCUCACCCCAGUCCGUUCUGUCUCUCCUGGCUGCUGCUCACUGCUCCCUGCACAGGGACCGGCCCUCCUCUGUCCACCGGGGUGGGGGCCAGAGCCUCAGAAAGAUCGCAUUCCUGGAGCAAGUGCUCCGCUGUCUCUGCUCCCAGCGGGCAGGCCGUCCGUCUGUCCUGAGUAGUCCGAGGCCAAACCCUGCCCGCCUGUGCCUUUGCCACUGGCGCGUUUCACAAGCACGUCAUCCGACCCCCUGUGGGACCACCCACCGAGACUGGGGGCGGGGGGCGAAGCGGCACCUGCCUGCCCUGAGGUUUGGCCCCGAGCAAGCGAGCCCCGGUGUGUUUCAGCGACGACAAAACCGAAACCGUCCAUCCCCCGGAAAGACACGAGCGGGCCGCCCCAGGUCCUCACGUCACCCUGCGUUUCCCCUCCUCCACCGUCUGUCAGUCGGGAACGCCGCCCCCUUGUCCGUGGGGAGGGGACACCAACCAGGCUGGAUGUAAAAUGUGGGCGGAGCGUGGGGAGCGGGCCUGCGCUUGGAUUUGAAGCUCGCCAUCCGUCCCCGAGAAACCUUGGGGAGUUCUCCACUGUGGGGGUGGACUCCUUCCUGCUCAGGUGACAUGACACCCCCGUCACAGACGGUUGUCACGCCGACCGACCCUCUGGAACCACGUGCUCACUGAUCCCACCAGAGGCCUUGAAGUCCAGGGGACGGGGAAGAAGAGCCCCCCCAGACUGACCAGGGCUGCGACAGAGGCCCCGCCAGCCCGAAGGUGAUCCGAGUCCCGUGGGAACCUGACCGCCUCCUGAGAUCGGAUGGGUGUGACCCUCUGUCCGGCCGGCUCCGUCGCGUGUCCUGCAGCCGGGAGCCGAGCACUGCCAUUGUCACCAGCGGCCCGUGCCUCAGAGAAGGGGUCACUGUGCGUGUCACGCAGCGGAGACGGAGUCAGGGCUGAGCCCAGACGAGGCCUCCGCUGCACGAACCUGCCCGGGUCCACUCUCCCCGCCCCCGGGCAGCAGCCGCCGGAACCCACACUCGUCACUUCUCCGCCAGGGGUGUGUGUGGGGGGGGGCACGUCUGCUAACCCCAUGUUGUUCCCGGAAACCAGCUGAGGGACCAGGCCGAUUCCUGAUUCAAGCCCCAGGCUCACGGGGAAAGGGGUCAUCACAGAUGCAAGAACUACUUCGAGACGAGUUUAUCUUUUUUUUCCCCCUAAACGACAAAAAUUAAAAGGUUAUUUCACAAACUGGAAUGGGCGGUUUCCCCUGGGUGGUCUUUAGAACAGGAGGGGAUUGGGAGGAACCAGGGCGAGCUUUCUGUGUGGUUCUCAGAUUCUCUUGCGUUAAUGAGCACCCUUGUACAUAGACAUAGACACAUCGUAGCGAAUUCACGGAGGGAGCGCUUGGUGCAUGUGUAGAGCUCCAGGAAGGUCUGGUUAAAAGAAAUACCAAAGCUUGUUGCUUCCUCGGCAUGACCCCGAGCCCCGAGGGAGCUGACGUGAAGAGCAGCGGCCGCGCGGCCUGGGCUCACUGAGAGCGGCAGGUGCGGCUGGGAACCGGGAGCCCUGCCGUCCGAGUCCAGCCCACGGUCCCGGUCGCCCUUCUGCCGUGCCAUCGCAUCCCCCGCAGGGGCCUUCGGGGGCGCGCCCGCGCACCCCGACGGCCCCUGCCGUCCCUGCUCGUCGUCGUAACCUUGUAUCAAACCUGCAUGAGUGGGCCACGCGCUUGUAGACGUGACGCGUUUGACGGGCGGUGGGAGCGCGGCAGCCCGAGGCCGCGGCCGCGCGUCCGCGCCGCGAACACUGUGAUGUACAGGGGCGCUGUCCGAAUGCCUUUUCGCGUCCGUCGUGUUUUGUACUUUGCGAUCCUAUGGGAAAGUGUGAUUUGUAAUUUCAAUACAUAUUUUAAAUGUAUUGUGUCUUAUGUAGUUUGUCCCCCCUUUGGAAGGGAUUUCUUUUUAAAGAUAUUUUGGCUGGAAUACAGGUUACUUUUGUA